AUGCCUCCAGGCCGUGAAACGGACCUAGCCGACUUGAUGGCGGAAAUGUCUGUUAGCGAGGACGCCUCGUCCUCGCUCACUUACGACUCCGAAGAAGGCGGCGUGUCUUCCGGCCAGGCCAGAAGCCAUGGCAAGCCCAUAUCGUCGUCUGGAGCCACACCGGGAUCAUCGACAGUACUACACCCUUCGCAUUCCUCGGUGAAAGCGUCUGGUAACUCGCCGUCGCAAACGUCGCCUCCAGUCGCCGUGAUGUCGUCUGGCGGGGUGCACGAGCUACUGGAGUGUCCCGUCUGCACCAACUCCAUGUUCCCUCCCAUUCAUCAGUGCCCCAACGGCCACACGCUGUGUUCGCACUGCAAGGCGCGCGUGCACAACCGCUGCCCCACGUGCCGCUACGAGCUGGGCAACAUUCGCUGCCUCGCGCUCGAAAAGGUCGCCGAGUCCCUCGAGCUGCCCUGCAAGCACCACACGCUCGGCUGCCCAGAAAUUUUGCCUUAUUACUGCAAGGUGAAGCACGAGGCGCUGUGCGCGUUCCGGCCGUACUGCUGCCCGUACGCGGGGUCGGAGUGCGCGGUGACGGGGGACGUGCUGGCGCUGGUGGCGCACCUGCGGGAUGAUCACAAGGUGGACAUGCACAAUGGCAGCACGUUCAACCAUCGCUACGUCAAGCAGAACCCGCAGGAGGUGGAGAACGCCACGUGGAUGCUCACGGUGAGUGAGAGAGUCGUGUCCUCGUUUCCAUUUCCCAGAUG